AUCUCUCUGUUCCUCUCUCUUCAUCAAGUGAAAGUAGUAUUUCUUCUUGGUUGAACUCCGGCACAAAAUCUGCAUUUAAGAGCAUCAAUGAAACUUUAGAAGGAAUAAAAAGCAUUGGGCCUAAGGUUUAUAACAUUGCCAAAGAGAUGCAGGAAAUUAAAAGGUUUGGAUCAAAAGUAAAGGAUAUAAACCAGAGGUUAAAAAGUGUAGCACAAGAAGGUGUUGUUCUUGGUUUGAAUUCGAGCAUGGGAUUUGGGUCCUCAAGGCCCAGGAUAUUCAGUCAAAGGCCACCUACGAGUUCUUUGGUGAAUAGAUCUAAAGUUUUUGGUAGAGAGGAAGAUAUGUGGAAGAUGGUUGAAUGGUUGCUAUCGGACAUAACGCCAACAAGUCCUAGUGGAAAAGUUAAUAAUUUCUCGGUGCUACCCAUUGUCAGCAUGGGUGGAGUUGGAAAGACGACCCUUGCGCAACUUGUUUAUAAUGAUGAACAAGUUGAGAGGCAUUUUGGUCUGAAAGCUUGGGUGUGUGUAUCGGAAGACUUUGAUGUAGUGAGGUUAACAAAAGAAAUUCUCGAGUCAGCCACUGGGUCAUCCCCUCCUUCUAAUUCACUAGACCUAUUACAGGUGAAACUAAAAGAAACAUUGAGCAAGAAAAGAUUCUUAUUGGUUCUGGAUGACAUGUGGAACGAGAGCUACGAGAGAUGGGAUGCCUUAAGCACCCCUUUUGCAUUCGGCAAACCAGGAAGCAAGAUAUUGGUUACAACACGGAACAAAGGCGUUUCAUCAAUUGUGCGCACUGUUCCGAAUGAUUAUUAUCUAAAAGGUUUAUCAGACGACUCUUGUUUGGCGCUCGUUAAGAGGCACACUUUCAUGGAUGAAAAUUCGUCUGAUGCCAAUCGAAAGUUGGAAGUUUUUGGACAAGAAAUUGUGAAGAAAUGUAAAGGUUUACCUUUGGCUGCAAAGACACUUGCUGGCCUCUUGCGAGAUAAAAGGGAAAACAUGGAGUGGAAAGAUAUUUUGGAGAAUGAAAUAUGGGAUUCAAAAGAAAGAGCUGAGAUCCUUCCGUCACUCAUGUUGAGCUACCAUCAUCUUCCGCCACUUCUGAAGAGAUGUUUCGCAUAUUGUGCUUUGUUUCCUAAAGACUAUAUAUUUAGCAAGAUUGAAUUAGUCACCUUCUGGAUGGCAGAAGGUAUUGUUCAACCAAAAGGAAGAAAACGGCUGGAAGAUAUAGGGGCUGGUUAUUUUGAUGAAUUAUUUAUGAGGUCCUUCUUUGAGUUAUCUAAUCAUCGUCAUGCUUUGGCUACUUGUCCUUUGUUUUUUGACUUAUCAAAGGAAAUUCACAGCAAGACAUUGUUUGAGUCAUCUAGUAACACAGGAUCAGGAUUUGAGAUGCAUGAUCUGAUCCAUGAUUUAGCACAGUUUGUUUCAGGUGGGAUAUAUUGUAGGAGAGAGUAUGAUAAGCCAUCCCAAGUUCUUAUAACGACCCGUCACUUGUCCUAUGUUACAAGCAAUCGUAAUGUUAAGGUGACACAAUCUGAGGCUAUGAAUAGCUUACGCACUAUUCUAACUCUAAAUGAUAGUGUAGGCGAUCCUGGAUAUGUUUUGCCCACUAUGCAAUUCCCCUUCCAAUUCCAAUUCCUGCGUGUGCUACGUUUCAGAAAUUGUUGCAAUCAUGAGUUGCCGGAUUCAAUUGGCAAGUUGAAACAUCUCAGGCUUCUUGAUCUCUCAUUUUCUGAUAUUGUGUGGUUACCCGACUCAAUUGGAAGUCUUUACAAUCUACAGACUUUGGACCUAGGUGGUUGUUGGAACCUUAGAGAGUUGCCUGAAGAUAUGGGUAACCUCGUAAACCUUCGACAUCUUCUUCUCCCCGUACACUGGGGUUUCCAUAAAAUUCCGUUAGGAGUGGGUAACUUAACUAGUCUUCAAACAUUGUCCACAUUCAUUGUUGGGUCAAAGAAAAAAAGUUCCCAACUCUGUGGGACUCUAGACACUUCAAAUUUGGAAAGUGUAUGCAAUGAUGGGACAGAAGCCACGGUGGCCAAGCUGCACCUUCUUGGCCUACGGCUGCACAAGCUCACAUCUCUCCGAAUUCUUCGAAUAUCAAAUUGUAAGAAUCUAGAGUCACUAUCCAAGGAGCUACACAAUCUAACGUCUCUCCGAAGAUUAGUCCUUGAAAAUUGCCCUGCUCUUGUGUCCUUCCAAAAAACAUGGUUUCCAACUACACUUCAAGAAUUGAAGAUCUUGGAUUUCAAGAAUCUACAGUCACUCCCCAAGGAGCUACACUUUCUAACGUCUCUCCAAGAAUUUACAAUUGAAAGUUGUCCUUCUCUUGUGUCAUUCCAGGAAACAAGAUUACCCACUGCACUUGAAGAAUUGGGGAUCAUAGAUUGCAAGAAUCUAGAGUCCCUGCCUAUGGGACUACUGUACAGCCUCACAUCCCUUCAAAGAUUAGAAAUCAAAGAGUGCCGUACUCUGAAAUCCAUUCCAGACAUGGGCUUAUCCACCACGCUUCGGGAGGUAUCAAUUCUAAAUUGUGGGAAGCUGGAUUCCUUGCCCAUAGGGCUGCAAAAACUCACAAAUCUUAAACGGUUGAAAAUUGUGGAGUGCUCUUUUCUUAUGGAGUGCAAGAAUCUUGAACCCCUACAUACCUCAGGUCUUCAUAAUCUCAUCUCUGUUUCACAUCUCACCAUUGGUGGAUGUCAUGCUCUUGUGUCCAUUCCAAAGGGCCUGCUUCCCACCAACCUCAAGGAUUUUUGCAUCAAGGACUGCCCAAUUCUUGAAUCCCUAUAUGACGGACUAUCUGACCUAACCUCUCUUAAACGUUUGGAGAUCCAGAAUUGUCAAAUGCUAACACAACGGUACCUAAAGAAGGAAGGAGAAGAGUGGUGCAAGAUUUCCCUAAUUCGUGAGGUAUUAAUAGAUGGUGUGUGGCAAUAAAUCCUAAUCACCACCUGUGGGCUGACUUCUCAUAAGAAAAAAAAAAAAAAAAAUUCUAUGGAUGGAGUACUGCAGACAUAGUAUUUAUUAUGCAAAACCACAAUAAAAGCAGAGAUGCAUUGUGGCUAAUAUUGACUGAGGAGAAUCCCAAGAUGGAAUGCAUUUCUUUGAAAAUGCUCAUGGACCAACAAAACACAACAUGGCAAUUUCAUGGAACUUUAAUCUCUCAUAUGGAAUGCUUUUCUUUGAAAAUGCUCCGGAAUACACACAAAGCAACAUGGCAAUUGCAUGGAAUUUUUCAGCAAAUUAGUGCUGCCUAGCAUUUUAUCUCUAAAGUAUCGCUUAUCCGCA